AUGCACCCCUUACGAGCAGCUGAUGUUCAAGGUUUCGAAAGGUUCGCAGAUCUAGUAAGAGUGACGGUUGUUAAGUUGCAGGCAGAAGGGAAAGUAGGAGAACUUGGUGAUGGAACGCUAUACAGUUUGUUGGUCAAGAAGUUGACAGGACACCAGUUAGAAAUUUACACACGAUGGAUGAAUGAGCACAGUAAAGACAGAUCGGUUUUAAGUCUACGAGACUGGUUAAAGGAAGAAGUCUCAAUUAGAGUUGAAGCAAUUGAGAUGGCCCAUGGGAUAGAAUCGAAGAUUCUGCGCGAUAUAAUCGAAAGCAAUAUCCAACGAAAGGUGGAAGGAGCAAUCCAAGUUCCUUUUUCAUGGCUUCGAACAAUCAACGCAAUUCAGCGUUUAACGAAGACAAAAGCCCAAAACAAAAGCCUCCUUGUGCCUUCUGUAGCGGGCCGUAUCAUGGUAUUUGGGCUUGUCGACAGUUUGAACAAAGAUCGGUGGAACAACGAUGGAACUUUGCCAAAGAGAAACAGCUGUGUUUUCGCUGUUUGA